CCCCUUUCGUCGCCCAGCAGCAGCUCUUGUACGAUCAGCUCCAGGACGACCCCAGCUUAGGCCGCCCGUUUUAACCACCUGAAGAGCCCCCGCUCACUCAGCUCUUCCGUACGAAGCAUCAAUCGGGCCACAUCAUUCGCACGCCUCAGCCGUCUCCUUCCCAUCCACACUGGGUCACCAGGUCCUGCAUAACACGAGCCUAGAACCAAGACCACACGGCAAGCUCCGGGAAACAUUUUACUCGAGCACGCAGCAAGGCAGAAUCUCCCGCCGUGGCUGUGUAAGUGUUUACUUACUAAAUACUCUUACGCACGGCACAGUCACUUUUAGCCAUGGCACCUCACGACUCCAACCCCACCAGUCCCGGGCUCAGGCCAUGCAAACGCUACAUCACUACGCACGAUAGCACCGGCAAAAGCGUCUACCACAGCACAUCCCCGGAGCUCAUCUCCAAGAAAUCUGGUCUUACACGAUCUUACUCCGUUGCUUCCGUUCCCGCUGUCUUGGGGAAUGAAGUCGACGUUGCGGCGUACAAGGCCGUCGAUGGUGCCGCCAGCCAUCGUGCUCCAGGCAUUGUACCUCCUUCUCCCGGAGCCUAUCUGGCCGUCGUAGAUUUGGCCCCAGGACAAUCCAGUCUCAUGCACCGCACCGUGUCGAUUGAUUACUCCAUCUGUGUCAUUGGGGAGAUUGACCAUAAACUCGAUGGAGGUGAAACAGUGAGACUGUACCCAGGAGACCACAUCGUGCAACGUGGGACGAUGCAUCAGUGGAUUAAUCCUACAGACAGGCCAGCGAGGUUCGUGGCCUGUGUUGUGCCAUGCAAGCCGUUCGACAUCGCGGGCGAGCAGUUAAAGGAACAACAUCUUGCCAAUGACACGAAGCCCAAGUCAAAAUUGUAGAUAGUCCUAAGGCGAAGUUCAGGAGAUGCCAUGACCGCAUGAUUUCUUGUGACGCGUGUCGACAAGAGGUUG